UCUAGAAUUUCUUGUACGUUUUCAUUUUUCGAUUGAUCCUUUUUCCAUUUCUGCAUCUGGGUCUUUUGGUUAUGGCGUUCCAAGUGUUUUCAUCCACACAAUUUCGUUUAAAAUAGGUUAUUUCCCUUCCUUUUUGAAAUUCUUGAAGUUGAAUUUUCUUGUUGAACGAAAUGGAGCUUUACUUUUUAUCGAACUCAAAUCUUUGUUCUCGGGGAAAACUUUCGUUGUGGAUUGGGUGCUCCAUAGGAAAACUGGCAAAAUCAUCAUGUUAGUUGAUGCUGCGUAAGAAAUCAAGGCAUUGGCUACUUCAGUUUUUGAUUCUCUGCUAUUGACAGCAGGGGACUACGAACCAUGGAUGCAUCACGAGGGGUAAAGAAGAGAGGCCAUGGAAAUCGUUCUUGGAUAAAGAUAGAUCAGGAAGGGAACUCAGAGGUUUUGGAACUUGAGAAGGCUACGAUAAUGAGGCAUUGUUCCUUACCUUCUAGAGAUAUGCGACUUUUGGAUCCUCUCUUCCUUUGUCCAUCCACAAUUCUUGGAAGGGAGAAGGCAAUUGUUGUCAGUCUUGAGCAAAUUCGUUGUGUAAUUACAUCUGAUGAGGUUUUUUUAAUGAACUCCUUGGAUGGAUGUGCUGCACAGUACAAAUCAGAGCUAUGCAAGCGUCUUCAGGCAAAUAAAGAUCAAUCAGAUGAUUUGCCCUUUGAAUUUAGGGCACUGGAGCUGGCACUGGAACUUACUUGCUCACUUCUUGACGCUCAGGUGAAGGGGAUGGAAGGGGAGAUAUACCCUCUACUGGAUGAUUUAGCAUCUUCAAUAAACACACUUAAUCUCGAGAGAGUUCGAAGAUUUAAAGGCAACCUUCUGACCUUGACUCAACAAGUGCAAAAGGUGCGUGAUGAAAUUGAACAUUUGAUGGAUGAUGAUGGGGAUAUGGCUGAGAUGUAUCUGACAGAGAAGAAACGAAGAAUGGAGGCAAACAUCCGAAGUAACUUGUAUUUGGAAGCUAGUUUCUUUGGGAAACAGCCACCAAAAUCUGCUCCUGUUUCGCCAGUGGGUUCUGCCAAUGGAAUUUACAAAUUACAAAGGGCUUUUAGCAGUAUUGUGAACUCAAGCAGCUUGAUGAGUUCCUCGACCAGCGGAGAUAACAUCGAACAAUUGGAGAUGCUGCUUGAAGCAUACUUUGUGGUCAUUGACGACAUGCUCAGUAAAUUGUUAUCACUCAAAGAAUCUAUAGAUGACACAGAAGAUCUGAUCAACAUUAAACUGGGCAACGUUCAGAACCAGCUGAUACAAUUUCAGUUGCUUUUUACUGCAGCAACAUUCUUGGCUACAAUGUUUGCAGCUUUAACCGCGGUUUUUGGCAUGAAUUUUGUCGAUGAUGUCUUCGAUCAUCCAAGUUCUUUCCAGUUGAUAGUUUACUUCACCUUGAUUGCCUGUGGCCUUGUGUAUUUUGGUUUUCUUUUCUAUUUUAGGUACAAGAAAAUAUUCCCACUGUAGUUGAGCUGCAAAAUAUGAUCCUUUCUGCAAUGGAACUAAGAUUUGAAAAUGGUCUGCCAUGUGUUAAUAUUUACUAUAAAAAUCAUAUUUUUGUUUGUGUUAUUA